AUGCAAACUCUGGUUCUCUUCUUCUUUUCCUCAGUCGUCGUCUUGGCAAACGGCGCCGUUCCAUGCGAUCAUCUGGAUGCAAUCAAAUCAUUGGAAUGCAAGCCAUUAUUAGGAAAAUUAGCUGGAGAAAUGGCGAAACAUUCCGAUAUGCCACCUCCAGAUGAGCUCAAACAGUUCUCCACGAUGUGUCAGGAAGCGUUGUCCUGUAUGGAAGGAAUCAAAUGCGAUGUACUUCGAAACGCUACAGUUCUCAUUGCGAAGACAUGCACUGGAAUCAAUUUGAUGUCUGGUCCAUUCGGAAAAUGCAUUGAUACACUCCGCAGCACUCCUCCAUCACUCAAAAAGUAUCCAUGUGGACGGUUUUUGCAAACUGAGAAAGGACGCCCUGGAAACUGUCAAAUGUAUCAGGAUGAAUUCGAGUGUACGAAGAAGUUGACGAAGGAUAAAUGUGGAGAGGAGGCGGUGGAAUCGAUGAAAAAACAUAUGGAUUACAUUUUAGGAAUGAUGGAAUGUGAUGCGAAGGAAUAG